AUGAUAAUUAAUAGAUCCAACAAAAGUACUCUUCCUGUUACUGUUGAUGCUCAUGGAAACGUGGUCUUUGACUCCAUCGUGAGACAGAAUAAUAAGAUUGUUUACUCUCACCACAAGGAUCUUAUUCCCAAGUUUCUUAAGAACGAAGGUGACUUGGAUCACAAGGAACUAGAGGAGAAGCAGAUACAAGAGACUUAUGAGGAAACAAAAGCUGCCAUUGAGAAGAUUCUGAACGUAGCAACAAAUCAAUCGAGUACUACUGACUCAAAGUACAUAAAGUAUAAGCCAUCUUUGUCCCAUGAAUCUAAAGAGAGGAUUGUAAGGUUGGUGGAGAAGCAUGUGGAUCCACUUGAACCACCAAAGUUCAAGCACACGAGAGUUCCAAGGGCUUGUGGUUCUCCUCCUGUUCCGGUCUUGCAUUCGCCUACUAGGCCUGUUACUGUCAAGGACAAACAAGACUGGAACAUCCCUCCUUGUAUCUCCAACUCGAAAAACGCUAAAGGGUAUGUAAUCCCUCUUGACAAACGUCUUGCCGCUGAUGGGAGAGGCCUAGAAGAUGUUGAGAUCAGUGAUGGCUUUGCCAAGUUAUCAGAAGCGUUCUCUGUAGCUGAGCCGAAAGCUAGGGAGGCUGUUUCAUUGCGGUUAAAGGUAAACAAGGAGGUGGAGAUGGUGGAGAAGGAAAGAAAAGAGCAGGAGUUGAGGGCUAUCGCCCAAAAGGCUCGGACGGAGGCUGCUGCGAGUGUUGACACAAGAGACCGUAAGAGGGAAACAGAGGAGAGGGAGAAGAUUCGAGAAGAGCGUCGUAGGGAAAUAUGGUUGGAAGCUUCCGGGGGAAAGAAGAGAAAGAUCACAAGGGACAGAGAUCGAGAUAUCAGCGAGAAGGUUGCACUUGGAAUGGCAUCUAGUGGAUGCAGAGGUGGUGAAGUUAUGUAUGAUCAAAGGUCAUUUGACCAAGAGCAGGGGAUGGACUCUGGUUUUGCCGUUGAUGACCAAUACAACGUGUAUGACAAGGGAUUGUUCACUGCGCAACACGCUCUGUCGACGAUGUACAAGCCAAAGAAGGAUAUGGAUAAUGAAAUGAAUGGGAAUGCAGACGAGCAGCUCCAUAAGCUCAACAACACUAAGAGGUUUAAACCAGACAAAGCUUUGGGGAAGAGACAAGGACCUGUUGAGUUUGACAAGGAAGCUGAGGAAGAUCUUUUUGGUCUUGCACAGUGGGUGUGUGAUUUGAAUAAUGGUGAGAAACCGGAGGAACUAUGA